UCAGAAGACUACCCGAAAGUCUUGGAGAGGAAGGGGUAGCCAGGCCUAGGUCCUGCAGAGCCCCAAAUCCUGAGCCAAAGACCUGCAGGGCCUCCUCUGAGGCUCACUCUUUGCUGUCAUAUGUAAAUGUCCUGGAGCAAAACUAGCAUGUAAUUAUUAAGGCAGUCAGUCUUUGGGGGAAUAAGCAGAAUAAGACAGAUUGUUGGAGCUGCCACACCUAAGAAGUCCUGGAAGGAGGGUAGACAACAGGGAGGAAAGGGUUUGGGACCAGCUGUCAGGAGAGCUGUGUUCCCUCUCCCACUCUGCAUCACCACCACCUUGGGGAACUUCACUAAUGAAAAUAGCCUCUCAGGAAGGAGACUGGACCCUAAUCGUCAACCCCUUUUGUAAUUAAAAACAAACAAAACAAAAAAAUUGACUGUUAAUAAAAAGGAAAGUAAGUCUAAGAGCUUGCCAAAACAUCUCCAUGAAUGGCCUUUCCACCCACAGAAAAAGUCUAGAGGAGGGCCUUAGGGAAUAGUUAGGAAGGGUAGGUAGAGUUCAGUUUUAUAAAGGCAUUUUAGGGGCAACAAAGAUGAAAUGAACAGUUUCUUUUCCUGGAGUUGUCUGCAGUCCAGGGGGAUGUCGUGGAUGAUAAGAGGGAUUCAAGGCAAGGCACAGCUAGGACCAUCAUGGGCCAGAACCCUGGUUAUGAGACUUUCCUACAUAUUUACAGCACUAAAGGAAUUUUAAAAGACACUGCAGCCUACUUCCCACCUAGCUUUACCUAUUGAAUAUGUUUUGGACGUGGCCUGGGCACAAGGAUAUUAAGGACUCUCCAAGUGGUUCUCCUAAGCAGCCAAGGUACAGAACAACUGACUCCAUGUUCCAAAGACCAAGAAAUGUGUGUUGGGGACAAGGCAAACUUCUAGCAGAAAAAGCUGUCUGGGACCCACAGUCUUCACUAUAACUUCACAGUGAGGUCCCAAGGUGGAUCAGUGCAAUCUUCUGCUAAUGGUUAUUGGGACCAUCAGCUCUUCCUUCACUAUGAUAGUGACUCUAAAGAAAGCCCCAAACCCCAAGGGCCAUGGGCAGAAAAACCCUUGGGAACUGAGAGGUGGAACACAGAGAUCCAGGAAUUGAAAGAGCACAUCAAGAAAGCAAAAGCAGAUCUGGCAGAAAUCAAUGCCCGGCAGGAGCAGAGAGGAGGGUCUCAUUCCCUUCAGGAGAUUUGGGGCUGCAAGAUUGAAGAGGACAACCACACCAGGAGCUUCUGGAUGAUCCACUAUGAUGGGGAGCCCUUCCUCUCCUACCACCCAGAGAUGCGCAGCUUGAGAGUGGAGCCAUCCUCAGCUCAGACCUUGGCUAUGGAAGUCAAGAAUUCCUGGGAUGCAGAUGGCAUUCAAAGCAAGGAUAUCUGGGCCCAAGUGCAGGGAGAGCUUUGUGGAAAACUUUGGACUUAUCAAGUCUUCUGGAAGGGCUCCUCCCUCUCCCCUGGAGCCUCUGCCCAGGGGACCUUGUUGUCACCAACAGUAAAUGUGACCUGUGGUGAAACCUCUGAGGACACCAUCAACGUGACAUGUUGGGCUUGUGGCUUCUAUCCCCAGAAUAUCUCUGUGACCUGGCUUCAAGAUGGGGAACUCCUGAGUCAGGACACCCAGGACUCUGUGGAUAUUUUUCCCUUUGGGAAUGGGACCUACCAGACCUGGCUGUCCACCAGGAUUCCCCAAGGACAGGAGCAGAGGUUCAGCUGCCAUGUGGUACACAUUGGAAAGAACACCACUGUGUCUGUGUCCUGUGGUGUUGGACUUCGGAAAGAAUGGCCCAUCUUCUUAUCUGUUGCUGUUCUUCUGAUUAUGACGGUUAUGAUUCUUGUUUGUGUCUAUUACUACAAGAAGAACAAGACACCAUCAGCUGCAGAGGCUUCAGAGCAAGUGAGUCUGCAAGUCCUGGAUGGGCUGCAAAGACCACCAAGUGACCACGCUGGAUCCACACAGCUGGGGUGUCAGCCUCUGCUGAGAGCUCCUAAGGCAUCUCAGGGAGCUUAGCCUGUAUGGCUCUGCUCUGAGCAGCACUUUCCCUCCUUCUCAAUGAUGUGGAAACACGUUGAUUGACUUGGGACUGGGGAAUGUAUGUAAGGUCUUUUCUUCUUAGUGGAAUAUAGACAGGUGGUCCAUAAAUGGAUUUGCCUUCCCUAAAAGCACUCUGUACCAUGCUGAAGCAGUUAACUUGGUAAGCUGGUGGAAGGGCCUUUUGACUAAGUCACUAUAGUGCCAAAUAGGUGGUAAUAACUUACAGGACUGGGACAAGUUUGUCACCCAGUAGGUGAAGAACUGUGACCAGCUGAGGUGUUUAUUCAAAGCAAAGAGAACACAGAGCAGGGAAUAGACUAAACCAACUCUAAUUUGUGACUGACAUGAAAACAAGAGUUAUCAGAGUUUUUAUGAUUAAUAAAUUUAUUAUUACCAUGA